AUUGAAUUAGAUUGAAUUAGUUACUUUGAAAUGUGGGCAAUAUGUAAUAUAAACAUUCCUUUUUUAGGUUUUCUCCAUUGAAUCUUUCGUGUUGUGAUAUCGGUGUUCAAGCGAAGUAAUAUACUGACAUUGGAACCAAGCAUUCGAAGAAAACAGGCUUAUACUUCGAUUUCCUGACAAGUGUAAAUUCCCUUUCCUGACAUCAAUUUAGAUAUCCACCAGAAACGGAACAUUGAACUGGUAAAGGUUACAUCAUUCAAAUAUCUUCAAACCCCGGUAAGAAUGCUUGAAGAAUUGAUGAAAAGCGGGUGUCAGUUUGAAAUAAGUAUGGCAUGUGCUGUUUAAGUGUUUAAGCGGAAGAGAAAAAAAUAGAUUUAGAUCUUUUACAUUUUCAACAUAUUUUUUUUUAAAUUCCAUUGUCAUAAGCAUUUCUAAAUAUGCUUAUAACUGUUGAUCCGCGGUGCAAUAUUUCUAUUGAAGAAAAAAGCGAGGAAUAUGAAAGGACGAUCAACAGCACAUUCUCAUCUGAACCAUUUGUUUUCAAGACUCUUAAUACCACUGAUUACAUUCAAGUAAUUGCAAUUGCUGUUAUAAUAAUAGGUGGAUUACUAGGAAAUAUAAGCGUUGUGCUGACCGUUGUAAUGAACAGAUCAAUGAGAACAACAAUAAACUUUUAUGUCGCAAACUUAGCGGUAGCAGAUGCCAUGAUUUGCAUAAUUUGCAUGAUACCCAGACUGAUAAGUACUAUGACGAAGGAAUAUUACGCUUUGGGAGAGUUUAUGUGCAAGUUCAAUCCGUUCACACAGAGAAACGUUUCGAAAUUUUUACAGGUAACUUACUCAAGGAUCUCUUAUGAUGUUUUACAGCAAACAGAUGAAGCACAGUUGCAAACUAUAAUCAAGAUAGCUGUAAAUUAGAUAUUCUGGAUAUUCCUGACUAAAUGUUUAAGCGGAUAGUCACCUAAUAAAGUUAUUUAA